AGCUGGAGUACGAAAAGUGAUGGCUUUAGAGGAUUAGCCGAUAAGCAGGAAACACGCAGGAACAGCUCAGUUAUCGCUCGAAUGAGGGAUUAUCCUACGGUCCAUUACGAUUCAAUCGAACAGAAACAGGAAGUGGCCAGGUUCAGUUACGGUGUUCGACUCGCUAUUCGCAACACUUGGCAGAACCUUCGGUGUGUGAUCGUUACUGAUACUGCAUACUUGUAUUACGUUACAGCGCCUUACGAGGGUGGAAUAUGGAAGGUGAGAGUUCACUUGCCCGAGCACUACCCCUUCAAAUCUCCUUCGAUCGGCUUCAUGAACAAGGUGUACCACCCUAACAUUGACGAAGUCUCAGGCACAGUGUGUCUAGACGUAAUAAACCAGGCUUGGACUGCCCUUUACGAUUUGUCGAAUAUAUUCGAGUCUUUCCUACCCCAGUUGUUAACAUAUCCUAAUCCAAUCGACCCAUUAAAUGGCGACGCAGCUGCCAUGUAUCUACACAAACCUGAGGAGUACAAGAAGAAAGUAGCAGAUUACGUGAGGAAGUACGCGACAGAGGAGGCGCUAAGGGACCAGGAGAACAGCGGUACCGAAAACGGAGUGUCGUCCGAUAGCGAGUCUUCGAUGAGCGACUUCAGCGAGGACGAGGCGCAGGACAUGGAGUUGUAA